AUGAAUACCCUGCUGGCUGGAGCCCAGAACCUUCUUGCGUUCAUCUUCCGUCGCAAGCCAAAUCCCAACGAAGACACCCGAGACUCGCGGAUGCUGAGUGAUGAGGAAAGGGGUACUGAAAGAAAUACUGAAGGCGACAAAGAUUCUCCGAGAAGCAGACAAGAUGACCUCAAGGGUUUGGACAUGGCUUGGAACGUCUUGGGCGAGUCUCUGAAUACGCUGGCUGGCGCUGGGAAGCCCGGGAACGAUGCUUUGACUACACAGCAUAAUGCUCUCGUGGUCUGGGGCAAUGCUUUGAAAGCACAGGAGACUGCCUUGACGGCACUCCACGCCAGUUUGGAGGACUGGCUGAAUCUUCUGAGCGAGCGAGAGAAGAUUUUGGCCCAGCAGGAGGUAGUUAUGGUCGCAAGAGAAACCGCUCUGGACAAGCGAGAGAGGGUGUUUGCCGAAUUGUCUAGGCUUCAGGACAACAAGGCAAGGAGACCAUAA